AUGACUGUCUCCAAGCUCAAAACGCCCGACCAUAUUGAUCGAUUGGCACGAAAGGUCCAAGCACUGAUCAAAAAUAAUGAUGCCAGUCAUCGAGUUUUGAUCGGAGUGUCCGGUAUCCCGGGGUCAGGUAAAACGACCCUUGCCUCAGCCGUGGCGGAACGAGUCAAUCAAUUGGAAGAUGCGAAUAAAGAUUUUGCCGUUUGCAUUCCAAUGGACGGUUAUCAUUUAUCAAGGGCACAAUUGGCAGCGAUGCCAGAUCCUGCCACUGCAAUCCACCGCCGUGGUGCUGCGUUCACGUUCGACGCAGAAGGGUUUUACAAACUGGUGCAGUCGCUACGAAAGCCAAAUACUCCAGAAUCCCCCAAUGUCUAUGCUGCGAGCUUCGACCAUGCUAUCAAGGAUCCAGUGGCAGAUGAUAUCGCCAUCUUGCCAACAUCUAAAGUUGUGGUUUUGGAAGGUCUCUAUCUCGGCCUGAACCGAGAGCCCUGGAGUUUAGCUGCCGCGCUGAUGGAUGAACUGUGGUUUAUUGAUGUGGAUCGAGAAGUUGCACGCGCGAGACUAGUCAAGCGUCAUGUUACUUCUGGGAUUGUACCGGAUAUUGCGGCGGCCGAGCAUCGGAUUUCUAGUACGGAUUUCUUGAAUGCGGAUGAUAUUAUGGAGAAUCGAUUGCCUGCACAAGAGCUGAUACCCGGUGGUUAA